UAAAUUUUAAAAGACACCAUUUGAUUGGUUAAUUUUCCGUACAGAUUUCAAACGUUGCUGGAUGUCAACACAAGGCCGAAUCUUUUGAAUUUAUAUUAAAUGAAAAUGCCUUAAGUAGGUCAUAAUGUCUGACAAGAGUAUCGUGCGAGGUGGAAACCUUGUUGGUGAUGGAUGCAGCGUGCUUGAGCACUCCGCCCUCGAUCAGAGCCUGUUCUAUCCGUCUGAUAUGUCAGCCUUACCAACAUCGACACCAAACCCAGCAAACUUGAGACGCAAAAGUCGAAGGUCAUGGUUCGAGACAACACCAAAAGGUUUCAAGUUUGAGAUAGCUGUUGAAAAGCCAGCAGUGAAGGCACCUGUAAGAAAAAGUGAUACUGUUGAAGUUCUGACCCUUACACAUUUUUCAGGGGCACCAAGACUUGGAUUUGGCACCUUGAAAGUUGGACAUGAAAAGACUUGUACGCUUUUACUAAGAAACCCUCAUGAUUACCAACAAUCUGUGAAGGUUGAAAAGUUUCCAGAAAAGAAACAUUUUAGCAUUUCUUGUAAAGAAUUCAUUGUCGGUCCAGAGGAAUCAUAUCCCCUUGAUAUAACUUGGUCACCAAAGGAGGCAGGUGGUUGUAGAGAGAUGGUAAUGAUGCAAGUUGAUGGGGCAUACAGGGUUCAAGCUUAUGUAUUUGGAACAGUCACUGCACCUCCGCCACAGAAAAAGAAAACAAAACGUGUAGGAUUGCUUGCUUCAAAGGCAACAAGGCCAUUAUCAGUAAUACAUACAAAAAGUCUGGCAAAUAUCAAUCAGCAGUACAGUCCUGAAAAGAAAACAGGAAAGCAGUCUACCAAACAAGCUGUUGGACAGAAAUUACCCAAUCAGAUGACAUCAAAAACCGUUAAACCAUGGGCGCAACCAAAAGGUCAAGCACAAAAGUCCAAAGCUCAGACUCUUAGUGAUGGUAUAUCCAAGAGAGACAGGAGGUCUGGUGAGCCCAAGCGCAAAUCUCCAAGGCUAAGUGAUAAAUAUAAACAAGUUUGUGAAGAGAACAUAGUAAAUGGUAGAAACUUUGUAGAAGAUAUAGAAAACACUGAUCCAGACAGUUUGACAAGAAAAGAGAGAAGGUCAUCAGGGAGGAAAACAUCCUUGCCUAAACCAAAAAUUGAGGAGAAAUUAUCUAGGAAAAAAAUGAGGAGGUCAAAUACAUAUUCUCAAGUGUCUGGACUGGGGCUUGUUGUUCCUAUAAUUCAUGGUGAAACUGUCAAAGGUCUUCAAGACACAAGUCUGUUGAAUAUUGAAGACUGUAAUAUCAGUGGUGUUCAGGUGCUUGAUGAUUCUGUGAGAAAGAUUGACAACGAUUGUUUAGAACCAAGUUUCCUCGAACCAGGCAAUAAUGCAUGUACCCGGCCAUUAAAAGAAAAUGCACCCAAUAUUUUGGAACCAUCUUUUCUCUCUCAGUCUAAAGAUAAUAUUGAAAUUGAAGAUACAGUUUUUGUCAAAGAAGAAGCAAAAACAUUACUAAAAUCAAAGCUUAAUGCUGAUACUCUGGAACCAAGUUUUCUGGAAGAAUACAAAACUACUUAUGUCGCUAAAAACACUGCUUUUAAUGGCGUGAAAAAUAAUGAAACAUUCCAUGACAGUCUAGAUGUCGAAAACCAGUCUGUAGAGGAGCCCAGUUUUCUUCAGAAUGAAAAUGUCAAACCAGACAGACCUAGACGAUCUUUGAGAAAAAGAAGUGGGAUCAUAGAAGUAGAAAAUGACAAUAAGCCAACAGGUGUGAAGUUACUACGUGGUGCCAAGAGAAAUAAUGCGAGAAAAAUAAUCACUUCUGAUACAUUUGCACAAGAAGUUAGUUAUAAAGAUGAUGGUAGUUGUGAAAAACUGACUGAUAAGCAUAAACAUUUGGAUGAUUCAGUUGGCAAAAAUAGCUUACUUGAUCAGUUGAAAAGUCUGAAAUCAUAUGUACAUGAUAAAAGUUUGGAGAUUGAGAAAAGUGGGAAUGAAUCGUUUGUUGGUAUGGAAGAUAAAUGUUCAGCAGAGGAUCUGCCAAGAAGAGAGACUUUUGUGAAAAGUCGAACCUCUCCACGAUUUUCUAUGCCAGCUGCUGAUGCAAACAUUCGUAGGGGAACCUUUGUAGCUGAAUCAACUAAGUUGAAGAUACUUGAAACACAAAAGCCCUCGGAAGCUAGUCCAAGGAGGACAACUUUUACUGUCCCUAAAGAGUUUUCAAAUUCAAGAAAGCUUUUGCAAGAAAAGGAUAAGCAUGAAGCUAAUGCUCUGAAUGAGGAGGAAGAACCAGAAACUGAAGUAGACCAAAUGAAAAAUAAUAAUCAGAAAGAAGUGAAUGACCAAAUGGAAGGAAAUGGUGAUGGACAGAAACAGUUGGAAAGAUUGUAUUCUGCAGAUAGUCUGGAGGACGACUCUUUCGAGAAGCAAACAAAUUCCCCAGAUAAAAUAUUUGUUGAGGGGAAGGUGGAAUGGGCACGUAGAGCAACUUUAACCGUCACAAAAUCAAGACCCUCUGAUGCACUGUUAGAGCAUGCUAAGAGGUCAGCGGCUGCUGUUAAGAAACUGGCAGAUGAAUCUGCAAUGAAGCAUUCAGAACAAACUAUUUCUGAGGAAUUGGCUGGUACUGGGAAUUUGACUGAAGUUCGUGAAGAAAUAUCACCACCAAAGUCUUCACAAAACAGCACAUUUGAAGUGCCCUUAGAAAACAGUGUAUUAGUAGCCAAGGAUUCAAGUUUUCCAACUACCCCAUAUCAUUUACUGCCAACCAGUCCUCAGUUGAAUCUUUCAAGAAGGUCAACUCAUAUAGUAGAAAAACCGAAGGUGGUUAAUUUAAGUAGAAUUGAUGGAAAACAGCUUUUCUCGAAGGAAGUAAAUAAUGAAGUGGGAAAUGAUCGUGAUGAUAAUGAAGCUCCGGGCAGUCUAGAUAAUCAAAAUAGCGACAAUGCUGUGCAGGUCAAUCACAAAGACAAGGAAAACUCUGAAAUUUCUCCAGAAAUUACUGAGCACACUGAUGGACCAAGUUCAAACUUAAGACGAAGAAAAUUAUCAGCUAGAAGAUCAGUGGCGAGUCUUGGCCGUAAGUCUGUUGAGAGUUUAGAUACAAGCUUGACUUUAAAUGAAGGGGACAACAUUAGAAAUAACAUAAAUGAAACUGAAAGUGGUAACAAGGACACAACAGAUAGUAGAAUGCCUGAAGCUCAACAAGCAGAAUCAGUGGAUCAACUGUUCUUUGUGCCUUUUAACAAAAAAGAUGAUGUAGACCAGCCUACAAAACCCCAGACAAAAAAACCCGAUCCAAAACAGUUUCUGAAGAAACGUAGUAACCCUGUUACACAAGAAGAAGACAGGCUUUCCUCUAAGCGUCCUAAAAGUGAAAAUGCUGCACCAGUGACUUCCAGGAAGAAUUCUUUAGAUGAUGAUUAUCGUAAUAAAGGCAAACAAACAACCAAGGUGAAGGACACUGUAGAACCACCGGCUAGGGUAACCAGACAGAGAGUGAAGAGUGUUGGUGCAGCAAAAAUUACAAAUUCUCGUCAAGGAGUUAAGCCGUCCGUUGGCAUGGUAAAGGGUCUAGCCACUUCAAAACUCAUCUUGACAAAAAAAUCUAAAACAGCAAUACCUAAGCACCCCCUGCCAUUUGCUGCGAAAAAUAUGUUUUAUGAUGAACGCUGGAUGGAGAAACAGGAGCGAGGAUUUGUAAACUGGCUCAACUUUAUACUGACACCGCCAGAGGAACACCAGGGUAGUGAUGUGAAGGUCAAAGUUGACGCUGGUAAGCUCACAUUAGAUAUUGAGAAAGGAAGAACUAGACUCGCACCAACCAAUGAGAUCUUAUCAUUUCGCACAUACUCCGCCCACAGGAAGUUAAACAGACUGCGAAAAUCUGCAUGUCGUCUAUUUCAGUCCGAGUCGGUAAGACGGGUUAUUCAGAAGGUCGAGGAGGAGGUGGAGAACAAGAGACUGUUGGUACGGAAGGAUAAAAUGAUACAUGCUGAUGUUGGAGCAAAACAGAAAGUUCUAGACAUGCUGUUGUCGUAUAACCCACUAUGGUUACGAGUUGGACUUGAGACAAUCUACGGUGAAGUGGUUCCUAUUCAGUGUAACACAGAUGUAUAUGGUUUGUCACAGUUUAUAGUUCUCCGCGUCCUUGGUAGUCCGGAUAUAGCUGAGGAAUUUGCACAUCCAACUGUCCCACAUUUAUACAGAGAUGGAUAUGCAGAGGCGACUGCCCAGCAUACACUGAAGAGAUAUCUCAUGUUAGUGUACUUCCUGGAUCAAGCUAAACAACAUACAUUGAUUGAUCAUAACCCUUGUCUCUUCUGUAAAAACUCUGAUAUCAAGGCAAGUAAAGAUAUGUUACUACUGUUUUCACGAGACUUCCUGUCAGGUGAAGGAGACAUCACCCGUCAUCUUGGUUACCUUGGAUACAAGGUGACAUAUUCUCAGACAGCCCUUGAUGAGUUUGACUUUGCUGUGAAAAGUCUUGGUACAGAUCUAAGGGAUGGGCUAAGACUUGCACGUGUGAUGGAAGUGAUCUGUGAUAAAACAGAAAAGAUCAGGAAAAGUUUGCGGACACCGGCCAUUAGUCGUCUGCAGAAAAUUCAUAACCUUGAGGUUGUUUUCAAAGUAUUGGAGCAACAGAGUAUUGAUACAGGUGUUGUUACAACUCGAGAUAUUGUUGACGGCCACAGAGAGAAAACUCUGUCGUUGCUAUGGGCAAUCAUCCUUCACUACCAGGUUGCCAUGGUGAUUAAUGUGGAACAGGUCAAGGAGGAGGUUCAGAUACUGGAAAGAAGUUUACGCCUCAAGAAACAGCUUCAUAAAUUUGUGAACCUACAAACAGAUGUUACAAGUAAGAGGAGAGAAUCUGAAGGACCUGACCUACAUACACAAGAUGAGAGACUUAACUUGUUGAUGAAAUGGUGUAGGGCUGUAUGUGCCUUCUACGAUAUCAAGAUAGAGAACUUCACAGUAUCAUUCUCAGAUGGGAGAGCACUCUGCCACAUCUUACACUACUACCAUCCUAGAUUACUUCCCUUGUCAGAGAUACAUAAUGAGACGUCUGUGACGUACAUGGAGGAUAUGGAGAAAAAUUGCCGCAGCAAUAUGAACUGUAGCUUGAAUGAUAGCGUGAACUCGUCAGCUGUCUUUGGAGAUACAGUUGAUCCAGCUGUAUAUGAAAAACUGCUAGCCAAUGAAAAGGAGAAUUUCAAAAAACUUUCAGAGAAGGUGAAGGAGUUAGGUGGCAUUCCUCUGAUGUUACGCUGGUCAGACAUGUCUAAUACUAUACCUGAUGAGAAAGUAGUGGUCACAUACCUUAUGUAUCUGUGCGCACGAUUACUGGAUAUCCGUCACGAGUCACGUGCAGCACGAGUUAUACAGCAUGCCUGGAGAGCACAUAGGUUGAGGAAAAUACAAGCUUUGUAUGAGGUGAAGGGUAAGGCUAUUGUUGUGAUACAGCGUGCUGUAAAACAAUUCCUCCAGCGUAGGAGAGAGGAGCACCGGCAAUCUGCCGCACUCACUAUACAGAGGGUAUGGCGGGGACACCGUGCCAGGUCCGAGGCUCGUAAAUUGCGUCGGGACAUACUUCUGCAAAAACACAUGCAUGCUGUCAACAUUGUUCAGAAUGCAGUUAAGCAGUAUUUACACAGGAGAAGGUAUUUAGUGACGAAAGCAGCUGUGGUUCAGGUUCAAGCUUAUUGUAGAGGGUACCUCUAUAGACGAACACGUCAAACAGCUGCCACCAACAUACAGCGCGUCUUCCGAGGACAUUUGGCUCGCCAACAGGUCAGCAAAAUGCACUGUGCAGCAGUCAAAAUACAGGCCUGCAUUAGAUCAUUCCUGGCAAGAAAACUGCUCCAUAAACAAACUGCAGCAGCCAGUAUCAUACAACGUAGAUAUAGAGCAUGUGUUGCGAUGAGAAAACAGCACUGUAUCUAUAGCAGUACGAAAAAAGCUUGUAUAGUUAUACAGAAAUGGUGGCGAAGACAUCUUACAUUGAAACAUGAGAGGCUAGUAAGAGCUUCUGUUACUAUUCAGGCAUGUGUGAGGCGCUGGUUAGCGAAAAAACAUUACCAGAAACUAAGAGAAAAUGUGGUAUGCAUUCAAGCUGCAUUUAGAGGCUCUUCGCAAAGGCGAAAAUUUGAAAAAUGUAAAUCUGCUGUGUUGUUGAUACAGAGAAUUUUUAGAACCUAUCUGGAGAGCAGAAAACAGAGACAGACAUUUUUAGAGCUUAAACAAGCUGCGUUAGCCAUGCAGUCUAGGAGAAGAAUGUUAGUACAAAGAAGGAAAUAUUUACUGAUAAUUUCAAGUACCCAAAGGUUGCAAGCAUAUACAAGAAUGCUUAUCCAGAGACAAAAAUUCCAAAGAAUGAAAUCGUCAGUAGUUACUCUUCAGAGAUUUUACAGAGCUCAUCUACUGGGUGUUGAAUGUAGACGGGAAUAUCUUAUAACAGUAGGUGCGACCAUUACCUUACAAGCAGGGGUCAGGGGUAUGAUUUGUCGUAGGCAGUACAAGAAGGCAAGGCACCAAGUUGUUUCAGCCCAGGCAUUUGUGAGAGGGCAUCUACAAUAUAAGAAAUACCAGAACCUGAGACAGGCUACAAUCCUUUUACAGAGGAGAUACAGACAAGCGGUGGUUGCUAGGCAACAAAGGUCAGAGUUCAUAAAAAUGCGUCAAGCUGUAAUAGUGCUACAAAGUAAAUGGAGAAUGAACAAGGAAAGAAAAAAUUACUCAAGAUUGAAAUCUUCUGUUGUACUGAUCCAAUCGGCUGUAAGAAAAAUGAUCCAACAAAACAGGUACAACAAAAUUAAGUCUGCUGUUAAAACAAUAGAAAAGUAUUAUCAUGCUAAGGUGGAGGGAGAUAUUUGCAGACGUCAAUUUCUUGUGAGCAAAGGUGCAGUAAUGACCCUUCAAGCAGCUUUUAGAGGUCAUAAGGUCAGAAAAGAAAUGAAUGUAAGGAAAGUGAGUGCAAUUAAAAUUCAGGCUUCUGUUAGGGGAUAUAUUCAAAGGCAGCAGUAUAGGAAACUGAAAGAAUCCACCAUAUUCAUUCAGAGAAGGUUUAGAGAGACAUUGGUUGCUAAGCAACAAAGGUCAAAGUUCAUUCAAAUGAAACGGGCAGCAGUUGUCCUUCAGAGCACAUGGAGAAUGUAUAAAGAGAGAAAUUGCUAUCUGAAAAUGAGGAGGUCUGCAGUAUUGAUUCAAUCUUCUGUAAGAAAAAUGAUCCAACAAAACCAGUACAAAAAGAUGAAAUCUGCUGUCAAAACUAUAGAAAAGUAUUACCAUGCAAAGGUGGAGGGAGAAAUUUGCAGACGUCAAUUUCUUAUCAACAAAGGUGCAGCAAUGACCCUUCAGGCAGCUUUUAGAGGUCACAAGGUCAGAAAAGCAAUGAAAAUAAGAUGUAUAUCUGCUGCAAAGAUUCAAACAGCUUUCAGAGGACAUGUUCAAAGAAAACUAUUCCUGAAAUUAAGACAAUCAACUAUAACUAUUCAAAGAAGGUUUAGAGAAACAUUGGUUGCUAAGCAACAAAGGUCAAAUUUCAUUCAAAUGAAACAGGCAGCAAUUGUCCUUCAGAGUACAUGGAGAAUGUAUAAAGAGAGAAAUUGUUACCUUAAAAUGAGGAGGUCUGUUGUGUUGAUCCAAUCUACUGUUAGAAAAAUGAUCCAACAAAACCAGUACAAGAAGAUAAAGUAUGCUGUUAAAACUAUUGAAAAGUAUUACCAUGCUAAGGUGGAGGGAGAAAUUUGCAGACGGCAAUUUCUGGUGUGUAAAGGUGCAGCAAUGACCCUUCAGGCAGCUUUUAAAGGUCACAAGGUCAGAAAAGCAAUGAAAGUUAGAUGUAUAUCUGCUGCAAAGAUUCAAACAGCUUUCAGAGGACAUGUUCAAAGAAAACAUUUUCAGAAAUUAAGACAGUCAGCUAUAACUAUUCAAAGAAGAUUGAGAGAAACAUUGGUUGCUAGGCAACAAAGGUCAGAUUUCAUCCAAAUGAAACAGGCAGCAGUUGUACUUCAGAGUGCAUGGAGAAUGAAGGUAGAAAGGAAUUCUUAUCUGAAAAUAAAGAGGUCAGUGGUGUUGAUUCAAUCUGCUGUUAGAAAAAUUAUCCAACAAAACAAAUACAAUAAAUUAAAGUCUGCUGUUAAAACAAUAGAAAAGUAUUACCAUGCUAAGGUUGAGGGAGACAUUUGCAGACGACAAUUUCUGGUGUGUAAAGGUGCUGCAAUGACACUUCAGGCUGCUUUCAGUGGUCACAAGGUCAGAAAAACAAUGAAAGAAAGAAAUGCCUCUGCUGUUAAGAUUCAAGCUAUUUACAGAGGAUUCGCACAGUGCAAGCAGUUUCAAGAAUUAAAGAAAGCCACUUUAUUUUGUCAGAGAAAAUACAGAUUAAGACAGCUUACUAGAAAAGUUCAUGGGCAGUAUUUGAAAUCUAAAAAUGCAGCCAUAACCAUUCAGGCUGCAUUCAAGGGCUACGUACAACGGCAACGGUACAGAAAGACGUGCAGUAGAGUAGUUAAGUUACAGUCGGUUGUUAGGGGAUAUCUCAAACAACAACGGUACAGGAAAAUGUACUCUGCUGUAGUCAUGAUACAAAAGAGGAUUAGAAAAACUCUGUUGUCACGGAAACAAAGAAGCAGUUUCCUAAAACUGAAGCAUGCAGCUGUUGUUGUACAGUCCAUGGUUAGAAUGAAACAAGAAAGAAGUAGAUUUGCCAUGUAUAAAGCUGCAGCAAUUUUAAUUCAGUCAAGAAUUAGGGGAUAUAUCCAACAGAAGAAAUAUAAGAGAAUGAUUGCCGCCUCGAUAAUCAUACAAAAGUUCUACCGGGCUAAUACUGAAGCGCAAUUAUGCAGACGACAAUUUCUUAUCGCUAAGGGAGCAGCCAUUACUAUCCAGGCAUACUUCAGAGGUCAUCAGGUAAGAAUGGAGAAGAAACUGGAAUUGAAAUCGGCCAUUGUUAUACAGUCCGCAUUCAGAGGUUAUUGUCAACGAAAGCAGUACCUAGAACUGAAAAAUGCUGCAUCUGUGUUCCAGAAACACUACAGGGCCGUUCGUAUGAAAAGAAAUAUACAAGAAGAAUACCAGUCCUCUAGAAAAGCCAUCAUCCAGUUACAGGCUGCGGUCAAAACAUGGAGCUAUCGCCGUAAGUUCUUGAAAAUGAAGACUUCUAUUAUAAAGAUACAAGCAACUUAUAGAAUGUAUGCUGCAAGAAAAAAGUACCAGAUACAGAGAAAAGCCGCUGUCACUGUUCAGAAUUGGUUCCGAGGGGUAAUGUUGACGAAUGUUGCCAGACGGAAUUUCCUGCUACAAAAGGGUGCUGUGAUAACUAUCCAAGCGUAUGCCAAAAUGUACAUUAUGCGUAAAUUUUAUCUUGAAACAAUGGCCUCAAGAAAGAACACAGCUGCAGUCAGAAUCCAAACUUGUUUUAGAAGGCACAUUGCUGUACAGAGAUUCCAAAGUUUAAAGAGUGCAGUUAUGACAUGUCAAAGUAAAUACAGGGCCAAGUGUUGUGGGCAACGGGAGAGGCAGUCUUAUCUCAAGCUAAAAGAAUCUACUAUUAAAAUACAGUCCGGUUUCCGAGCCUUGAAAUGUCAACGGAAGUAUGAUCAGAUGAAAUCAGCAUCUGUUACAAUACAGUCUGCAGUGAGAGUCUGGAGAGCAAAGAAAGUUCUACAAAAUUUGAAGAACGAGAGACGUCUGCUCAAUGCCGCUGUUACAUUACAAUCCGGAUUCCGAGCUCUACAGGCAAGAAGACAAUUGACGGCCCUGAAAGAAGAAAAACUAAAGCAUAGACAGAUGUAUUUGACUCGGGUCACAGAAGUUAUGAGAGCAAAUAUGGCUGCCAUGGUUAUUCAGCGUUGCUAUAAGAAUUACAAAAUCAUGAAAGUUGCUAAGGAAAGACUCCACAGCAUUCUUUUAAUACAGCGCUGGAUGAGGAGUAAAUUACAGAGACUUCAUUACCUUCGAGAGAGAAAGUUUGUUAUUCGUAUACAGUCACAUAUUCGAACCUGGCUUGCUAGACGUGACAGGGCUGCUAGAGUGAUACAGAGGGCAGCAAGACAUUGGCUAGGGGAUGCCGUGACAAGAAAACAAAAUAGGGCAGCAGUCAAAAUCCAGUCUUUAUGGAGAGGGUACUACAAACGAAAGACUAUCAAAAGUAGGAGGCUGACGUUGCUACGGAAACGUGUCCAGGAGACGGCUGCCUCGGUUACAGAGGAGAAGAAGCUUGGUAACAGAACAUCAUCGGCACUUGACUUCCUCCUCCGAUAUAAAUUGUUAUCUCAAGUGAUGGACGCUCUCCAGCAUUUAGAUGUGGCAAGUCGUUUAUCAUGGAUAUGUUGUGAGCGUAUGGUUGAGGCUAUACCCGUGUUGUAUAGACUAGUAGAGAGCUGUAACAGAAGUCUGCCUCAUAUGGAUAUUAUAAAGUGCACGAUCAGCAUUCUUACAAAUCUCGCCAAGUAUGAAAAGACGCGGGGAGCAGUGUACGAGGCAGAGAAAGGUGUUGACAUACUUGUGAACUUGAUGCAGAUCUACAGAGAGAAACCGCCUGUCUUUAACAAAAUCUGUACCCUCCUUGGUAUUCUAGCCCUGGACACGCCUUGUAAAACAAGCAUCCUUGCGGACAAGAAGCUUGUGGAGAAACUAACAAGUAUACAGUCUCUUACUGCACGUAAACACAAACUGGAGGAGAACCAAAGAGUAACACGUGCACGAAUGAACGCUAGCUCGCUCAACGCUACAUUUUUAAUCAGUGCCCCGGUGAAGAAACAUAAAAUCAAUCCAGACUGGGCCCUUCAUAAGGACAAGAUGAAUGACAUUGAAAACCCGCUUAAAGCGAUUAACUUUGUUCUGGGAAAUCUUGGAAUUAAACCAAACACAAGAUGAGCAGUGCUGGUGCUUUUUAUUACAGGUUUAGCAAUAAAAUGCUCAGUUUAAUCAGCAAGACCCGCACCGUAUAUUAGUCAUUAUUUAAAACUUAGGUCAUCAAAUUUUCUUACUUCCACAACACAUAGAUCUGUAGAUUUACUCCUUGACUGUUGUUUACAUAUGGGGAAAAUAAUCACAGUCUGAAGGGUAAAAUAUCUGUGUUUAGGAAUUGUUUGGGUUUUUCUAUUUUAUAUAUGUUUAUUUGAAGUUCUUUAGAAGUAGCUUAUAGACUGACUUCAAAUCAAUUUUUGUAUAAUUAAUUUAAAAUUUAUAGGAAAGACUUUUGAAUGGACUCCUAAGCAAAACCUAUAGAUAAGUGCUGUAAGCUGAAUAAUAAUUUACUGUCUGGAUAGCUGGCACACUAAUUUUCUAAAACAAAAAUCAACUUUUAGUAAUUAAUCUAAUAAAUUUGUUGUGAAUAUAAUGUGAAUUUUUGGCUUGGUUGAGAAACCAUGUCAUUGGACUAAAAUCAUUUGUUAUUCUGGCAUGGUAUUUAUAUACAGUAAAGAAAAUAGUUUGUGAAUAACUUAAGAAAUUUCCUGCCAACUCAUAUGUUUGUAAUAAAAAAAGCACUUUGAUGUUAUGAAUGAAAUUAAUGAAUGUACAUGUUUUUUCAUUCAGGUAAAAUAUUUUUUAAUCUGCAAUGUUUUUUAAAAAUUGUAUGUAGAUUUUUAUUACUUCUUUAGUCAAAGUUUGAUAAAACAGGACUGAAUGUUGUGUCAAUGUUUUCUCUCUUCUUGUGUUUCUUUUCUCGCCUAUCACUUUCAUUGUUUACUUUUUUAUCUAUUUUAGAUUGUAAGUAUCUUUUUUAAUGUAAUCAUGCUAGAUGGAAAUAAAUUGUUCGUAUUUACGGUAAGUGACAAGAUGUUUUAUAGGAAAGACUUUUGAAUGAAAAUGAAAAGAAAAAAAAUAAUAGAAAUACCAGAUAGAAAUUUCAGGUCUUAAAAACUGAAAAAUAGCAAGAUAGAAUGUUUAUUGUUUUUAUUUUCAUUUCAUUUACCUAUUAAGGUAAAUGUAACCAUUUAUAAAUACAAGUGAUAAGUAUAGACCUGUGUCACGAGUAUACAGUCGGGUUGGACAACCUGAACAUUUGUGCAGGGUGACCAGACUCGGCUUUAUACCGACCAACACUUCAGCAGAAUUACCUAUAGCUUGUACUCCUAACUGUCUCCAUACUAGCUUGUGUACUCUACCUUCUUUAAACACUUGUAGCUUUAAAUACGUUCCUAUACUCUGCAUCUAUAUCUUCUGUCGUAUCAAUCACACUACUAUAAGAAUGUUUAAUUUUUAAAUUGUAUUGACACAUGUCUUUACCAUUGUAUUCUGUAAUACUGUUAUUCAAAAUUAACUUUUAUAUGGAACUUAAAAAAUAAAAUUGAUAAAUACUAUUGAA